AUUUCUCCCAAGUUCCCUUCAAAUUCCUAGUGUUUAUACCUGCGAAACAGUUUCUUCCAUCUGCAGAUUUUGGAGACAGUAUUAUUAAUAUGCCGAUAACACUAUGGUAGAUACUCCUACCCUAGUUGCAUCUGUGGUGCUUGCAUCAGCCACCUGCUGAGAGAUUUUGUUUACAAAACUUUGAACCGAAGAUAGAUUAUUUGUUUGGUUGACAUACCAAGCCUGUCAACUCUCCAAUGAAAAGGCCCAAACUGUUAAGGGCUGCUGCAAGUUACAAUGCUGCCUGUGUUCAAGUGCAGUUGUUGAGAGUUCAUUUUCAGCGAUUCUGUUUGUGUGGAACUGCCUGAAACCUACUUCCUUCUGCUUUGUGAAUGCAAAAGCAAUUUAAUGAAAAGGAUUUGGGCUUACUGUGUUGCCUAUAGCAACGUCUGCUUGUUGAUUCAGGGACACGCAGUCACCAACUCGUGAGAAGUUGCUCCACGCCGGUUACAUUUCUCUGUGUUUUAAAGGGAAUAUUUUCGAUUGGAUUUAUUUCCCCCCCACUUUUCCUAAGGAUGGCAGCUUUAGGCGGAGUGUCCCGGCCUCCCAGCCACCUUACUCCCCGGCUGCAGUAUGUCCAGCAUCCGCUGUCCCGCCUCGGGGACCCAGAGACCAUCAGUGUCCGGGGCUUCUCCCGCUCCGGAGACAAGACAUCGGCCGAUCCGUUCCCGGGACCGGACAGGCCGGCGCCCAAUGACCGUAACCGGCGCAGGGAGCCUGUGGACUCGCCUCACUGCGGCCGCAGCAAGGAACUGGAGCCGGGAGGAGGACCGCGGGUGUCGCUGGCCUGCAUUCCCGAGGGAGUGCAGGUGACAUUCGGGACUGACCCUGACAAACCCCGGCUCCCCAUCUUCGGUCAGCGAGCAGAUCUGGAAAAUCGUACAGACAGCAGAAUGAGCCAGAGCAGCAGGAUAAGCAAUAGAUCCCGCCCUGGGACCCAGCUCAGGAUUGAGAUCGAUGAGCUGGAGCAUCAACUGCGUGAGAAAAUAAUAUCUAGCGGCUACUUUGCAGUAAAACAGCUCUUUAAAGCAAAUGAUCCUGAAGGAAAAGGACAGCUUAACAGGGAUGUUCUCCUUAUGGUUCUGACAAAAUUCUUGGGACGAUUUAUCACACCAAGACAAUACCAGCAACUUCUUUUGAGGUUCAAGCUAAACGAAAAGACACUCAUUAAAUGUGAAGACUUUUAUGCGGCUGCUCGAGACCCUAUCUCAAUGAGAGCAGCCUCUUGGCUCGAUCCUGUGACCCGACACAGUGACAAGAUUCUGGCAACUGCCUCCCAGGUGCACUCGCAGCUGAAGGAUAAAGUAAAGCAGAGGCUUUUGGACCUGACUGAAAUUCUGCCUCAGAAGAACAUUGAAGGGCCUGUUCGGAUCCUGCUUCCUGAGUUCAGGGACAUGCUGAAGCAACUGGGGUACCACAUGGAUGAUGACGAGUUUGAAAAAUUGUGGAGAAAAUAUGAUCCUGACGGUAUUGGUAUUAUUAAAGGAGAUGUACUAAUGAGAAAGCUUGGAGCUGAAUUCAGGAAUGGAACAGCACAUAACCAUGAAGGUUCUGCUGGAAAGUUAUCUGAUCAAAUGAGUUUGGAAGGCUCAGCAAGACUGACCAGGACCCUGACUAAAGUAGAGCAUGAACGGAACGCUUCUCUUCAUAUUGAAAAAUGGCUAAGAGACAAGUUCAGGGAAGGUUAUAACCUUAUGAAAGAAGAAUUUGAAAAAUAUGAUCCAGAGGGAACCGGCAAGGUAUUACACAGAGACUUUCUGGCAGUCCUGGCAAUCUUUGGCCUCCACCUGAAAGAUGAACAUUUUAACCUGUUUUUGGCAAGAUGCAAUCUUGAAAACAGCAAAUCUGGGAUCAAGUACAUUGACUUCCUCAGAAACUUUCAAGAUCGAAGUGAAAAGGGAAUUCCACAUAAAAUCUUGAACAACCCAAAGCACAAGUUCAACUGUGAAGGGAGUGUCAGUCUGUGCUCCACAGUAACUGCAAUUGAAGCAAAACUGACAAGGCUCUUUCAGUCAGACUUCCUGGCCCUAUUAGCCACCUUUCACAAAAUUGACAAACUAGGAAGGAAUAUCAUCAGUCAACAGGAAUUCCGAGCUGCCAUUGAGAGCAGGUUUGGUGUGGAGAUUACUGAUGAAGAGUUUGAGCUGCUCAUUGAUAGAAUCCCUCUUGAUGAAGAUGGAAAUGUCUGGUACCCCCAAUUCAUGGCCAUGUUUGACUCUAGGAAAGGUGUUUCUAGCAUUUUUGAUGAGAAGAUAUCAAGGCCUAAAGGGUUUCACGAGAAUGAGUUAUCCAACCAGCUGGAUGAAGACCGAAGAAAUGGUAGAACUCCAGAUCAGCUCUUCCAGAUUAUUAAAACACUGUUAUGUAAUCAGUACCAAGAGGUUGAGAGAGAAUUUGAAGAGUUGGAUGAAAUUAAUUCAAGGCGAUUGAACCAUGAAACUAUGUACCGACUUCUGAAACGGUUUGAUAUUUGCCCAGAAGUAACUCGUGGUGAGAUUCGGAAGCUUUGGCAAACGCUGAUCACCAACCAGGAUAAGACGUUGGACUUCCUGGAGUUUGUGAGGCAUUUUGGUCACUCUCCUAAAUCUGCUUGUUUUCCCAAUGCCAAAAUCAGCCCUCCAAGAAAAGGAGACUGCGACUUUCGAAUGCGUUCAAAAAACCUCAACUGUGCAUCUGAUAUCCUGGUGGACAGUGUUCGUGCCAAAGUGGACUACUUGUGGGAUGAUCUUAGAAAAGAAUUUCAGGAGCUUGACCCUUACAGCACUGGCUUUGUCAGCAAAGAAGAGUUUAAAGAUAUCUUGACUGAAUUGUGUAUGAAUUUGAAUGAAUACGAGUGUGAGAUGCUGGCAAAGAAAUUCGAAAUCAAUGGAGAUGGCCGGGUUUAUUACCUGGACUUCUUGAAGCCAUUUGCAAUGCGCAGGCAACAAUGGCGGGAGGGAAGCAACAUGCUGGCAGUCCUGCAGCAUCCUAAUACUCACCUUACUGAUCAUCAAGGGACAGGGCUGGACAGCAUCACAACCAGGCUCCGAAAAAAGUUAAAAGGAGAGUGGAAAUCCUUACGCAGAGCGUUUAAGAAGUUGGACAACACCAGCAGUGGUUACUUAUCUCUGCCAGAGUUUCGUGCUGUGCUCAAACUCUGUGACCUGCUCCUGAAUGAGGAUGAAGUAUAUCACAUCAUGUCAAAAUUUGAUGAAAAUCUGGAAGGCAAAAUCAACUACAAAAAGUUCCUGGAGGAGACCUACAAAAAAGAGAAAAUCUGUGCAGGAAACAAAGAUUCCAACAGCAAUGAGUAAAUGUGAAGACUUAGCUGAGAGAUGACAAGAACAAUAAGUCUUGGCUCAUUCUGUAUUGAAUGAAUGCCUCCAUAGAGCAGCCUCUGUUUUUGCUCCAUGUUCUAUCAGUCUAUGAAGUGCCACUGAUUUCAUCUUCAUAAUUGCUCAAAACCUUACAAUGAUAAAUAGUUCAAAGUUUCUGAAAUUUCCUAAGCCUAUUUUUUUCGUAAUCCAAUUGUAAUAAUUUUGCUUUGGGGUGAGACAUUGAUGUGGGAAAGAGUAUAUUCAGAUCACUAAUCUCAGUGACUAAGAUGAUAAAAGGCAAGAAAGAACUUGCAUCUUUCGCAACCUCAAGAUGUCUCACAGCUAAUGAAGUACUUUAGAAAUUUAAUCGCAGUUGGAAUCUAGGAACACCCAUCUGAUUUGCACACAGUAAGAUCCAAAAUUUGCAUACAAACAGAUAAUCUAAAUUAACUUUGUUGUGAUCUCCUCAAAUCACAAAUGCAAUUUUACAAAAUAUUGCUUUGAUUUUUCUGGAAUGAAGAAAGUUAACAUUCCCAUCUGGAUUAUCAUAAAAUACAUCUUUAGAGAUACAGUGUGAGUAUUUAAUGACCAAGCAAAUUGGUUUACAUCACUAGGACUAUUUAUAUUUGCAUUUUAAUAUAGGACAGAGGGUUCAAACUAUAUCAACGAUACAUCCACUCCAGGUCCAAGGUGAUGGUUCAUAAAUCAUAUAUAGGAAACAAAAAAUGGUCAGAAGAUCCAUUGAUGUAUGUUACUGUUAUAGGAAUUCCAUAUCAAUAUCUUUGCUAAUUGAAUAUGCAAUAUUUUAGAUUUUAAAUAAAGUAGCAUUUAUAUAAGUGUUUGCAUUUACUUCUGUAACAGCAAUAACAUCUGUCUUAAGGUGCAAAUAAUUUUCAGUACAGAGCAAUAGCAACUGCAAGUUAUGUUCAUUACAGAAGUAUCAUUGAUGAUAAUCCCAGGUUAUUUUCAUCACACAAUAUUUAGGGGCAGCAACCCUUGGUUCUGUUCAUUCGUUUGAUCACUCACACAAAAAAAGGCAUGGAGUUUUAGUUUGAAGAGAAGUUCCUUAUCAAUAGAUUCUUCAAAUGACAAAGCACAGGUUUGAAAUUGCCACUGACUGGGAGCAUUACACACAAUAUCUUUGCAGUGCCUUUUGUCCACUGAUGGCUUUUGUCUCUUCCACAUUUUCUAAGUUUUUUUUUAAUGAGAAGCAUUUUGGUUGUGUAGAUAAGUAAA